AUGGCGGCGGCGCGGGCGCUGCAGCUGUCGCUGCUCCGGCUGCUGCUGCUCCCGCCGCUGCUGCUGCCGGGCCCGGCGGGGGCCGUGUGGCCGCAGCCCCAGUCCCAGAGCUUCCCGCCCGGCGGCGGCCGCUGCCCGGUGCCGGCCCGCCGGUUCCGCUUCGCCGUGGCGGACGGCUCGGCCGUGGGGCCGGGCUGCGCCGUGCUGGACGCCGCCUUCCAGCGGUACUGGCCGCUGCUCUUCGGCCGUGCCACCGAGAAUGAGCCGUCCUGGGAAACGCCCUGCGCCAAUCUUCUCGUCUAUGUUUCCACUCCAGGCUGCGAUGGGUUUCCCAGCCUGGACUCCAGCGAGAGCUAUAAGCUGUCUGUCUCCAAAGGCUCCAUGCUGCUCGCAGCAGAGACCAUCUGGGGAGCUCUCCGAGGCCUGGAAACAUUCAGCCAGCUUGUUGGGAGAGAUGAGAAUGGCAUGUACUACAUCAAUGAGACAGAAAUCGUGGACUUUCCCCGCUUCCCUCACCGGGGACUGUUGCUGGACACCUCUCGUCACUACCUGCCUCUGAAAGCUAUCCUGGAAACUCUGGACGUCAUGGCUUACAACAAGUUCAAUGUCUUUCACUGGCACAUUGUAGAUGACCCAUCUUUCCCCUAUGAGAGUUCCACGUUCCCAGAGCUCAGCAAGCAGGGAGCCUUCAAUGCCAUGACCCACGUGUACACGGCCAGCGACGUGCGCAGCGUGAUCGAGUACGCGCGGCUGCGCGGCAUCCGGGUCAUCGCCGAGUUCGACACCCCCGGCCACACGCUCUCCUGGGGGCCAGGUGCUCCAGGCCUCCUGACUCCCUGCUAUGUGGGCCAGGGUCCUUCUGGAGUCUAUGGGCCCAUCAACCCCAUUGUUAACAGCACCUACCAGUUUGUGACCAGUUUGUUCCAAGAGGUCAGCGCUGUGUUCCCAGACUUCUAUCUCCACCUUGGUGGUGAUGAGGUAGAUUUCACGUGCUGGAAAUCCAAUCCAGAAAUCCGUGCUUUCAUGGCUCAGAUGGGCCUUGGUCAAGAUUACAAAAAAUUAGAGUCUUUCUACAUCCAGAGGCUUCUGGACAUCGUCUCUUCCCUCGGCAAAGGUUAUAUUGUGUGGCAGGAGGUGUUUGACAACGACGUGAAGCUGAGGCCUGACACCAUCAUCCACGUGUGGAAGGAGAACGACCUGCAGUACCUGAACGAGAUCGCCAAUGUCACCAGGUCUGGCUACAGGGCUCUGCUCUCUGCUCCCUGGUACCUCAACCGCAUCUCCUACGGGCAGGACUGGAUAAAAGCCUAUAAGGUGGAGCCCUUGAUGUUUGAAGGCAGCCCUGAGCAGAAGGCCCUGGUGAUCGGUGGUGAGGCCUGCAUGUGGGGUGAAUAUGUGGAUGUCACCAACCUGACCCCCAGGCUCUGGCCAAGAGCUGGGGCUGUAGCUGAAAGACUCUGGAGCAAUGAGACUGUUGGGAACGUGCAGGACGCAUACGCCCGGCUGGCGGAGUUCCGCUGCACGCUGCUCGGGCGUGGUGUCCAGGCACAGCCUCUCUACGUUGGAUACUGUGAGCAUGAAUUUGGCGAGGUUUGAAGGAGAGCCCCACUGCCCUGUCUCUGCAUGCAGGAGGAAUGUUCCCCCCUCAGAAGGGCAGAGGGACCCCUUCCCACCCCACCCUCUGCUCUGGCUUCAUUACAAUGAACAUUUCUUUUGCCUCGGCAUGCACUUUUUACCUCUUUUUCUAUUUUUAUUUCUUUAAAUCUAUAAAUAAAUGACCCCAAAGAGGAAAAA